UCCAUGUCUCUCUGAAUGCUGAUCCAGGGCAGGGUCGAAGUUGGCCUGCAGUCUGUCCCAGGUUCCAAAGCUUUUCUUGCCCUACGAACAAAAAAGAAGAUGAAAAGCAACCAUUCUGAGCUGGAAAAUGUGCACUACUGCUUCGAAUCUUCAAACACUUCCUGCCCCAAGCUUGUUUAUCCAAUCAGAAUACGAGCCUCUUUGUAUGUUCUGUUAGGGGCCACCGUACUCCUCACUGUGCUGGGAAAUCUCCUCGUCAUCGUUACUAUAUCCCACUCCAAACAGCUGCACACUCCCACCAAUUACCUCAUCCUCUCCCUGGCUGUCAGCGACUUCCUCCUGGGGGCAGUGGUCAUGCCGCCUAGCCUGAUACGCUCCCUGGAAACCUGCUGGUAUUUGGGUGAUUGGUUCUGUAAGAUACACACCAGUAUUGAAAAUUUACUCACUGGGUCAUCAAUUUUUAUGCUUUAUUUGAUUUCUGUUGAGCGAUAUGUUGCUGUUUCUCAGCCUCUGCUGUAUCACGCUUUGAUCACAACUCGUGUUGCCAAGUACAUGAUCCUGACCUGCUGGGCUCUUUCCGCCCUUAUUGGCUUUGGGAUGGAACUAAACAGCUUGACAAUUCAGGAUGUUUACCUCACACAGUUUAACUGUGAGGGAAGGUGUGCUGUGUUACUAGACAAGGCAUCAAGCAUUUUAUCUUCCCUUUUUAUUUUCUUCAUCCCAGGGUUAUUUAUGCUUGGCCUCUACCUGAAAAUCCUAGUUAUUGCACAUAAACAAGCCCGUUCAAUUCAGGUCACAAUUCUAAUUAACAGGAACCGUGAAAAGACCAGAUUCAUUCUGUCUAAGAUGGAGCAAAAAUCCACCAGGACACUGGGCAUAGUUACUGCUGUGUUCCUGUCCUGCUCGUCGCCCAGUUUUAUAUGUUUCAUAAUAGACCCAGUCACUGGUUUAUCCACACCGUACCUGUAUGACAUCCUUAUUUGGAUUUACUAUUUGAAUUCAGUAAUGAAUCCCAUAAUUUAUUCAUUCUUAUUUAAAUGGUUUAGGGAGUCACUGAGAAAAGCCUUUAGUAAAAUAUUAAACAGUUUUGAUUAGUGUUACUAUGGAGGGUCCAGGUUAAAUGCUGGUAAAUGUACAGUGUGACUGAGGUUUCUGUCUUUUCUCCUCAUUUCCCACAUCGAUGUUACUGCUCCUCUGAUACUGACUCCUGUAUCUGUAAUUAUCAUCACUGACUGUCUGCCUUUAAUGUCAGGGCAGAGCACAGAUGGAGUGGUUUAUAAGAAAUACUGUUUUUUCUCUUUUUCCAAAAUUAACACCACUUCAUAACUUAUAUAUGCUGUACUACAUACUUCACCUCUAAUUCAAACUUGUUUUUAACCAUGUUCUCUCCCGUUCACUGUGAUUCAUUAAAUUUGUCAGUAAUAAAAUGUGAGUGUAGAACUGUGUUUGAAUUGUGACAUUUAUAUUCCGUGCCAUUUUCAGGUUAUACGUUAAUAGAGUUGCCCCACAGCCCCCAAGCAUUCGACAGAUACAUCACUACAAUUUAAGAGUCCAGGUGAAAUACUGCUGAAUAUCUUCUGGUUUAUGUCACAGUUUUUUCUCAUCUCACACAUCGAUGUUACCACACCUCUGAUACUGACUCCUAAAUCUGUUAGUCACUGUAUCAAUACUGGCUAUCUGCCUUUAAUGCCAGGACUGCUAUAUGAAUUAUAUAUAUGUAAUAUAUUCUGCAUGAAGGUGUCAUGGUGGUGCAGUGGUUAGCACUGUUGCCUCACACCUCUGGGUCCCGGGUUCGAGUCUCCGCCUUGGUCACAUGUGUGUGGGGUUUGCAUGUUCUCCCCAUGUCGUCGUGGGAUUUCCUCCGGGUACUCCGGUUUCCCCCCACAGUCCAAAAACAUGCUGAGGCUAAUUGGAGUUGCUAAACUGCCCGUAGGAAUGCAUGUGUAAGUGAAUGGUGUGUGAGUGUGCCCUGCGAUGGGCUGACCCCCCAUCCUGGGUUGUUCUCUUCCUCGUGCCCAUUGCAACCAGGAUAGGCUCCGGACCCCCCGCGACCCAGUAG